AUGAGAAUUCAAAGGAUAGCCAUUUUAUUAAGCGCUUUUUGCGAGGCGCAGGAUAACUCUCUCGCUGAAGAUUCCUUGAGUGCUGACUAUUUUUACUAUAGUGACAGUUCAUCUGUCGGUUCCGAAAAUGAUGGAUCAGAAUUUAUGCUUGCGAGAGGAAGAAGAAAGCGAUUAAAGGAGCAGUUCGGGUGCGAUGAGGAUCAGUGUAAUUCUCCAGAUGCUUGUGACCCAAAUGCCGAUUGUCAAAACAGAUGUAUUGGAUACACAUGUAACUGUCACUCCGGUUUCAAAAAGAAAGGCAGAAAAUGUCUCCCACUCGCGCAAGAAAAAUAUGUAUCCCCGGAUCCAUACACAACACCCGAUCCGUACACAAGUUCAGCUGCUCAAACCACAGAGGCGGAAACAACUACAGAAGAAUACACGACCACGACUACAACAACUGCAUCUUCGACAACUACAACAACAACUACCACUACUACUACAACAACCACAACAUCUACGACGACCACAACAUCUACGACGACCACAACAUCGACGACGACCACAACAUCGACGACGACAACAACGACAUCAACAACAAGCACAACAACUACCAUGACGACAACGACAAAAGAUGCGUACACAGAAUUUACUACUGACUUCACUACAACUACCACCGUUACAGCCUUUCCAUCAACCACAUCAACGGCUACAACCAUGACAACUGAGCAAACAACAACUGUUACCACGCAGUUAAUAACUACUGCGAUUCCAUGCGAUCUGGACGAAUGCGCUGAGGGUAUUGCGAUCUGUCCAGACAACAGUUCUUGUUCAAAUCUUUGCACAGGCUUUGAAUGUAUUUGUGACGAAGGGUUUACGAUGAACGAUGACAAUAGUGAGUGCCUUGUCGUCUGCGACGAGAAUCAAUGCGAGGUCAACAACGGCGAAUGUCCUGUUUUCUCUGAUUGCGUGGAUCUUUGCACUGGACAUGAGUGCCAAUGUUUCGAUGGUUUUGAGCUUGACCCUUACACGAACCAAUGCGUUCAAAUUUGUGAUGAAAUGCAAUGCACGACGAAUCCAUGUGGUGACCACGCCUCAUGCACUGAGCUUUGCGAACUCUACGAAUGCACUUGCGAUGCUGGUUACGAGCCUGACGAGAAUACCGGAGCGUGUUGCGAAAUUAUCAAUCAGUGCGAGGCUGGAGACGGAGCCACUGCUCCUGAAGACCUUUGUGGUGCGAACAGUCUCUGUGUCAAUGACUGCAAUGGAUACCACUGUGAAUGUGAAGCUGGCUUUGAAAUGGUUGAUGGUGUUUGCGUGGAUCCUUGUAAUUAUGACAUGUGCGAAGAAACUGAAAACGUUUGCCCAGCUGAGCACACGUGUGUUCCAUCAUGUGACUCCUUUUCGUGCGUUCCCGUAGAGUGUCCUGCUGAUUUUUGCGCCGACGUACCUAAUAGCGAAGUUGUCGUUAUUACCGAAACCGUGUACGCAUCUACCUGCGCUUGCGUAUGCAUUGAUGGCUUCCAAAUGGUAGGAGGAGUUUGCGAAGAAAUUUGCGACGAAGAUCAGUGCCUUGAUGCAUCUAUUUGCGGCGCUAAUUCUGAAUGUACGAAUUUAUGCAGUGGGUAUGAAUGCUCUUGUCAAACUGGCUAUCAUCUUGAGGGAGACUCAUGUGUUGUCGACGAGAGUCAUACAAGUACUUAUGGAGAUCCCCACUUCCAUAUUCUCGGACAAUCUUCUUCUCAGCCAGAUCUUUGCUUCGACUACAGUGGCCAAGCGGGCGAGGACCUGAUAAUUCUUUCAGAUAAGAAAGUCAAAGUUCUCGGCGCUUUAUUUACGCCGCACAAGAACAAAAAGCAAAUGCUGUUUGAGUCAAUCGAGAUUCGUUCAGAAAAUGGACAUUCACUCAGAAUGACAGCAGAGUCCUGGAAAACUUACCUUAGUGCUAGACCAGAUAGAGAAUUAAACUUAGAGGAUGGUAAGAUAGGCGAUUUCCGAAUUCUAGAUUACCGAACCACACGCAAGGGCAUUUCUCUCAUUGCGAAGCUUGAUUUUGGUUUUGAGUUUGAAAUUUUAACUAACAGGGCGUACGGAAAUGUCAAUUUCCGAAUUCUCAGCUCUAAGGGUCUCUCAGACACGGGAGCGGGUCUUUUAGGUCAGUUGCUCAACCCUGGAGCCUACUCCGUUGUCCCGGACGAGAAUAAAGAUCACACCGGUAUUUUCUACUUCCAGAGCUACGAGGUAGAAGUGAAGCUUCGAGAUCAUGCAUGGAAUAAACAGUGCUGGGUAAUUCCGUACUUUGAAGCUAUGAAGAUCUUCUCCAAAUAG